AUGGCUUUCUCUGUGAUCCGGUCAAGCCAAAGCCUAGUUAGACCAUGCGAGCAGACGCCGAUCGCCACCCUUGAUUUAUCGGAAAUCGACAGCUUGCCGGUACUAAGAAGCAAUGCUCAAACACUGCAUGUGUAUAGACAUGGAGAGUAUCAUCAAGUAGCCAAAGUUAUAAAAGAAGGUCUGUCGAAAGCAUUGGUUCCAUAUUAUCCUCUUGCAGGGCGGUUGAAAGAGUCUAAUGGAAAUGGUGGAGGUCAGCUUCAAGUCGAAUGUAGUGGACAAGGUGUGUGGUUUGUCGAGGCAUAUGCUAAUUGUAGACUUGAUGCUGUCAAUUACUUUGAUGAUACUGUUGCCUCCCACUCCAGCAAACAUGGUGAUCUUCUUCCUAGUCAAUUUCCAGGUGCUGAUGGACUGGACCUACUUCUACAAAUGCAGGUGACUGAAUUUGAAUGUGGUGGAUUCGUGAUUGGCAUCAAGUUCAGCCACAGCAUCUGUGACGGCUUAGGAUCUGCACAAUUUCUCAAUGCUGUUAGCGAGAUGGCAAGGGGCCUCAAGCACCCGAGUAUUACACCAGUAGUGUGGAAAAGAGACUUCUUCACGAAUUCUCUACCCCGACAACAGCUAAACCUAAACACCACCACCAACAGUUCUUCAGUACCUAACUACCAACUAGGGCACGCUAACAUUGACAUUUACAUGGACCAAAUCAAUCACUUGAAGCGAGAAAUUCAGGAAUCUGCUGGAUGGAGUUGCUCUUCUUUCGAAGUAGUAGCUGCCGCUUUGUGGAUUUGUCGAACUACGGCUGUGAUAGUGUCGGACAACUUGAAGCAAAAUGCACAAGUCAAGCUGGUCUUCUUUGCUAAUUGCCGUCAUCUUUUGGACCCUCCAUUGCCAAAAGGCUUCUACGGCAACUGCUUCUUCCCCGUCACGGCAACAGCUUCGUCCGAAACACUGGCUCAUUCGUCGCUAGCUGAUGUAGUGGAAAUGAUCCAAGAAGCCAAGGCUAAGCUUCCGAACGAGUUUACCAAUUACAUCAAACUGAUCAAAGAGGGUCAUCAGAUUGAGGACGACCCGUUUACCCCAGCUCUAAGUUAUGAAACGUUGCUUAUAUCCGAAUGGGGCAAACUGGGAUUCAACCAGGUCGAUUUCGGUUGGGGGUCACCAGAACAUGUCAUCCCAAUACAAGCCUCUGCAAUCAUGCCAGCGGCCAUUGUUGGGACUUUGCCUUUGCCACAGAAUGGUAUCCGUCUAGUCACCUGGUGCGUGGAAGAGAUCCAUCGUCAAAACUUUAUUCAUCACAUGAUGAAAAUGAUGGGGAAAUGA